GCAGCCCUGUGAUCAAAGAUCUGUGUGAUGUGUAUCAAUGCUUUAAGCAGCCAAACUGUGCCUCAGUGUUUUUUCUCUUCUGGCCACUGUGAUUGGUCAGAGGAGAAUCGGACUCCAGAAAUCACUCUAAUCCUCUUAGAUAAAACAGAGCUCUCAUCCAAUCCUCUCUCUCCCUCUCUCUCUCUUUCUCUCUCUCUCUGAGGGGAAGAGAUGUUUUAAUCCAAGUGGAUUAUGUUGCAAAUUGGGCGACAGUUGAGACGAGUGGCUGCAAAUCCUCCUGCAGGUUGCAGGCUUUUUGUCCACCUAAAUGUCUGCAAGUUGAAGAUAUUAACCUACUUUUUGAUGGUAUUGUUUUCACGUGGGAUAAACAUUUGGGACCUGGAAGAUCCUGGAAGAACCUGGAAGAACCUGGAGCAGGUGCAUAGGAUCAUAUGCUACCUCUAAGGACCAGUUUUGUUCAGACCAGGCUUUGUUUUUCCUCCUCAUUACUGGUACUGUGUAACUUAAAUUCAAUUUUGAUUUUAGUAAAGUUUUAUUGAAGAUAAUGAGAAGAUGCUGGCAGCAGAGCUGGUCCAUGCAGACGUGACGGAGGCCAUCCAGGGUCAAAAGCCCAAUCCUGGGACCAUUAUCAUCUAGUCACUUUAGCCAACAUGAGGAAACCAUUUCCUACAAGUCCCUUAUUAUCUUUCAUGAGCUGAUCCGAGUUAGUGAAACUGCCUCCAAAACUUUACGGUGUCAGAUCUGUAAGGAGUUUGAUGUCUCAGAUUGGAAGCACAAUGGAGGUCAGGUCAUUGGUUUUCAUUCUGGGAUUUUUCUGCCUGUGGAUUACAGCUCAGGCUCAGAUGAAGAUCCCACCAGAGACGGUGCAGCAGUGGGCGACCACUUUCUCUGUUGAACUUCGAGACUUAACCAUCCAAUACUCUGGCUCUCUGUUGUUGCAGAAGAAACUGAAGGAUGUGGAGUCAGUCAUAAAGAUUGUGGAGGUGGAAGGAAGUGAACUGGUGAAGGAUUUUUCUGAUGAAAUUGAACGAAUGUUGGGAAGUAAGAUGAAAUCCGUAAAGAGAUUAGCCGAGGCAGCAGAGGAUGCUGACCUGUACCAUGACUUCAACGCUUCUCUAAAGUUUGAUUACUUCAAUUCCAUGCUGAUCAAUACAGCGGACGAGGACGGAAACUACAUUGAACUGGGUGGGGAGUUUUCACUGGAGGAGAACGAACAUUUUAACAACCUGCUGGUGAACACACUGCAGAGCGACAUCCAGAUCCCCACCAACGUCUACAACAAAGAUCCCACCAUCCUUAACGCCAUCUACAACUCAGAGGCAUUAAACGACGUCUUCAUCGGUAACUUCCAGAAAGAUCCUACACUCACAUGGCAGUACUUUGGCAGCUCCAGUGGCUUCUUCAGAAUCUACCCUGGUAUUAAAUGGACUCCAGACUCCAACGGUGUGGCAGCUUUUGACUGCAGGAACAGAAACUGGUAUAUCCAGGCAGCCACAUCGCCAAAGGACAUCGUCAUCAUGGUGGACAUCAGCGGUAGCAUGAAGGGACUGAAGAUGACCAUCGCCAAACACACCAUCAACACCAUCCUGGACACUCUGGGCGAGAACGACUUUGUCAACGUCAUUGCUUAUACCGACUACAUUCGUUAUGUGGAGCCGUGCUUCAGAGGGACUCUAGUCCAGGCCGACUUGGACAACAGAGAGCACUUUAAGCUGCUGGUGGAAGAGCUGCACGUUAAAGGGGAAGCAAAGAUCAAGAAUGCCAUGAAGGAAGCCUUCAAAAUCCUCAAUGAGGCCAGGGGGAAUGGACAAGGCAGCAUGUGUAACCAAGCCAUCAUGCUGAUAACAGACGGAGCCAUGGAGGACUUUGAGUCUGUGUUUGAGGAGUUCAACUGGCCUGACCGCAGGGUCAGAGUCUUCACCUACCUGAUCGGCAGAGAGAUGACCUUCGCUCAGAACACCAAAUGGAUCGCCUGCAACAAUAAAGGUUACUACACCCACAUCUCCACACUGGCCGAUGUGCAGGAGAACGUGAUGGAGUACCUACAUGUGCUCAGCCGACCGAUGGUCAUUAACCACGACCAUGACAUAAUCUGGACAGAAGCCUACAUGGACACUGUGCUUCCUAAUACGAAGGAGCUCUUUAACACCAAAGCUCAGAGUUUGCUGCUGAUGACUUCUGUGGCCAUGCCAGUUUUCAGCAAGAAGAAGGAGACGCUGUCCCAUGGGAUCCUGCUGGGUGUAGUUGGCACAGACGUCCCGCUACUGGAGGUGAUGAAGCUGGCACCCAGAUACAUGCUGGGAGCACAUGGAUAUGCCUUCCUUAUCACCAAUAACGGUUACAUCUUGUCUCACCCUGACCUUCGACCUCUGUAUAAAGAUGGAAAGAAGCUGAAGCCCAAGCCAAACUACAACAGUGUGGAUCUGUCUGAGGUGGAGUGGGAGGACACAGAGGAGACGCUGAGAACAGCAAUGGUUAAAGGACAGACUGGCAGCAUGACCCUGAACAUCAGAGCAUCUGUGGACAAAGGGAAAAGACCUCUCUACCUCGUCAAUGAUUACUUCUACACAAAUGUUGAUGACACACCUUUCAGCUUUGGCAUGGCGCUAACGAAGGGCCCUGGAAAGCUGAUGUUUAUGGGAAACGUGUCUGUGGAGGAAGGACUGCAUGACCUCACCUCCCCUGAUGUGAGCAUCGCCUCUGAAUGGACGUACUGCGAGACAGACAUUGACCCUGCUCACAGAAAAUACUCACAACUUCAGGCCGUCGUUCGCUACCUGCUGGGGAAGGAGCCUGACCUUGAGUGUGAUGAGAUGUUGCUGCAACAGAUGCUGUUUGAUGCUGUAGUCACAGCUCCGCUGGAGGCCUACUGGAGCGCUCUGAUGCUCAAUGAUGGGGUGGAACCAGGGGUUGAGACAGCUUUCCUCGGUACUCGUUCAGGCCUUAUGAGGAUUAUAAGAUAUGCAGGAGUGGAGACCAGAGUAGCAAAAAAGUUCCUGACUGUGUCGGACAAAGAAAACCUGUUCACCAUUGAUCACUUUCCUCUGUGGUACCGCCUGGCUGUGGAAAACACUCCUGGACGCUUCUACUACUACAUUGCUGGUGAAAAAGGAGUGCAGUACGCCAUCGCGACAACAUCAGUGACUGUGUCAUCGAAGGGAAAGACAGCCAUAGCAGGAGCUAUCGGGGUGCAGAUGUCCUUGAAUAUGCUGGAGAAGAGAUUUUGGACCAUCACAAAGCAGCCCAGUGAUACAGACUGUUCAAACACUGAAGGCGUGUGUCCACUGAGCUGUGAGAGCACUGAUCUGAACUGCUUCCUGGUUGACAACAACGGCUUUGUCUUGCUGUCAAAAGAGAGGAAUGAGGUCGGUCGUUUCUUUGGCGAGGUUGACGGGUCUGUCAUGGCUUCACUCAUCAAGAUGGGGAUGUAUAAAAAAGUGUCAUUGUUCGACUACCAGGCAAUGUGUAAAAACAGCCAUCAUCAUCAUCAUAGUAGCAGCGCUCGACCUCUGCUCAGCCCAUUUUACGGCAUGGUGGCGUUGAUAAGGUGGUUCUUCUCUCAUGCACUGAUCUUCCUGCUGGACUUUAACCUCUGUGGUCUCUGGCACUCUGAUUAUUUUGUGGACGCCAAGGCUGGUUAUCACACAACUCAUAAGCAGAGGAAGAUGGAAGCUAUGAGGCCCUGUGACACGGCGUAUCCCGGCUUCAUGUACGACUCGUCUGUAAGAGAAGCCAACAGUCUCAUCAAGUGUGGCCGCUGCCAGAAGAUGUUUGUGGUGCAGCAGGUUCCUGACAGUAACUUGGUUCUGGUUGUGACUCAGGCCGACUGUGACUGCUCCCGUCAGUAUGGACCAAUCUCACUGGAUCCCAAAGAGAUCAAAUAUAAUGCCACAGUGAAGUGCAACAGGAUGAAAUCCCAGAAGGUGCGACGGCGUCCAGAAUCCUGUCACGCCUACCACCCAAAGGAGAACGCUAAGGAAUGUGGCGGAGCGGCGGCUGUUUCCCUGACUGUCUCCCUCUUCUUCAGCUCUCUGCUCGUCUCACUGCUCGUCUGCCACUGGACAUAAACAAGGACCAACGCACCAAUCAGGACGCUUAAAGGAGAGCAAAAAGAUGAAGGAUGUCAAAAAAAAUUCCAAAAACAUUUUUGUUGACAUGAACUUGACACAUGGGACAGUGGGACAUGUCACAUGUUAUUUUCCGCUGUUUAGAUAACCUUCACUUCACUCUGUGGUGGAGAUAAAGGGCUAUUUGAUUUUGAUAAAAAACUGAUUUAGACUAAUUCAGUUUGCAGCUGGGGAAACAGGAGUCCUCGCUCUGAUGGAGGAGAUGAAACAAGCUGACUUUUGCGGAGAACAUGGAGCACCUCCUGGUGGACAGGUAUCGACAGUGCAGCUUGUGUGUGGAGAACCGUUGCCAUUAUUUACACAAAUGCAGCCAAUUUGUAGCUUUUUUGAUACAGAUGUGUUGUACAAAUAUAGAGUUUUACAUUUAAAUUAUUUAUCAAUAAACAGAUAAAAUGUGGGAAAAGCAUUUACUCGCCAACUU